AUGAAACCUAAAGAUGUUAAACCUGAAGAUGAAGAAGAAUUGAUAGAACGAUUCAAUAUCGAUAGAAAAAUACCUCCCAGAAAAGCAAAAUUCAAAGUUGGUAACAAAGUUCCAGUCAGCAAGUAUAAAAAUUUUUUUGAGAAAGGAUAUAUUCCUAAUGGGACAACUGAAAUAUUUACUCUAGAUAAGGUCAUGUCAUCUAAACCAGUAACGUAUAAACUAAAGGACUAUCAGGAUCAAUCUGUCGCUGGUGGCUUUUAUCAAGAUGAACUCUUGAAAGUUAAGAUUCCAGACAUUUACCUUGUGGAGAAAGUCAUCAAACGACGUGAUAAUAAAGUAUUUGUCAAGUGGCUUGGCAUUGACAGUUCACACAACAGCUGA